AAUGAUGUGUGUGGCUGCCUAUCCUUUCAUGACUUCUUCAAUGCGUAACCAUUCUAUCAAGAUCAUAGGUCAUUCACAAGGCCUUCGAUCAAAAGUCGACUAUUGGCAGAAUAUCUCUAUCUAAAGCACAAAUCUCAAUCUCGAUCAAGCCUUACUCUGAUAAUAAAAAUGUCCGAAGAAGGUGCGGCAGGCACAACUCAAAGAAGCUUCUACGCUGCAUUGAAUGAAUGAUUGUGUGUAUGCAGUGCGGAAGAUGUAUUUUGUCUUUUUUACACAGGUGCCCCGCACAUAGGAUUUCUUUUCCUCUUUUUGCGCUGCGCCGGCACUGACUGUCGCGCAUUGACUUUUGCCCUUUCCGGGGAGACAAAAGUAGGAAAAGCUAUAGAGAUAGAAAGUCAACCUUCUUGAGCUAAAUCAUCAACCCUCAACGAUCACCUACACAUCGACACUUUCUACUACCUCAGAAACCAUUCAUCUUCCCACACAAAAGCAGGAUGAGUGGUGCAGAUACGGCCACUGGACUCGUUCCAAGCGCAUAUGCGGAUGCAUUCGUACGUGGCCCACCUCGUGAAGGCGUUCAAAGGGUUCAGAAUAGGUUGCACAAAGCCAGAAUCUUGGCAGACGAACUUGCGGAUUAUUUCGCUGCUCGUCGUGAAUUGGAAAGUACCUAUCUCAAACAAUUACAAAAGAUUGCUAAACGGUCUUUCCUUUCCGAUGCAACCGCUUUGGGUCCAAACUUUCUUCCCGUAUAUGAGAGAUUGAUUGCCGAGAUUGGGGAAGUAGCCCGCAUUCAUGGAGAUUUGGAAAAGAAAUAUGAAGUAGAGUGUGAAAUGCCAAUCCGCCAGGCAAGUCAAAAAGGAGAUUGGGGACGGAUAAAGGAACAUGAUGACAAUCUGGCAGGAACGUUGAAGGAAAUCUCCACAUUGGAAUCGCAAUUGGCAAAAGAUCAGAAAAAGGUUGAAGCAGCUUCAGCAAAGAAAGCACAACAAGCACAACAAAAAGUGCAGGAGACCGAGAGAUCGUUAAGACAAACGAUGGAGCUAUGGGAAACUGAAGCGCCCUUUUCAUUCGAAGCCUACCAAAGAAUUGAUGCUUCACGUUUGGAACUGAUGAAGGAAGUCGUUGCUAAAUUUGAAACUGCUCAAAGUGAUGCAGCCACAAGAUUGAUGCAGAUGACUGAACAAUCAAUGCAAGUAGCGCUCAACUUUGAACCUCAAACUGAUAUGCAAGAAUUUGUACUGAAGAACGGAACUGCAAAAGGUGCUUUAGGAAGACCUACAAAUGGAAGGGGCAAUCGCGCUGCAGAGGAUUCUUUGCAAGGAGGAGGUACAGUGAGACAAGGAAAUGCAAAUGCUUAUCCCACUUCAACAAUCACACCUUCAGCGCCGAUUAAUCAACAAAGUAGCAAUGGCGUAAGCGAAUUUGGACGUGCUGUUCAACCUUCAUCAGCAUCCCUGCGAUCGGUAGAUCGGCCAGAAAGUCGAGAACAGACUAACACUCCAAGCAAGAGCGGCGGCAGUACCUUAAAGAGUGCUUUGACAAGAUUUGGCCGAGGUAAAUCAAACAAAAAUGCCAAUGAGGCUGCAUCUUCCAAUUAUGGAACACUAUCUGAAGGCCCAUCAAGCAUGGCACCACCAAGCGGUGCAAGAGGAAUGCAACGAGCAGAAUCACAAAGAAGUCUUGAUUCUCGUUCUGAUGCUGAUACUUCAGCCGCUUUACCUGGCAGCUUAAUGGCUCCUAUGGCCCCCACUACUCUCUCAUCAGCAAAUACACCAUCAAGGAUCCCGGCCGCUCCACCUCAGAUCGACGCCGAGGGAUUCACAAUCCCACCCGCCAAUCGAGACAGGAAACCUUGGGAGAAUGAAAACACGGCGGAUGUAUCGUCACCCUCUAACCUCAUGGAUGACGAUACUAGCACAUUCAGUGAUCCAAACAACGCAGCUUCCAAGGUGGCAGCGAUGAGUAUCACUCAACAACCCAUCCUUGAAGAUGAAGCGUCUGAUCAAGCUGCAUUGGAAAGAAUGCGAUCAACUCUACUUACAGCCAGAUCACCAGCCAUGCCACCACAAAGGAGGAAUACGACAAGACGUGAUCGCAGGGAUGUACGUAAUACGACAUACAAUCCAAUGAUGGAAGAUGGUGCAGGAAACAGGAUCAGUACAUUUGGACUUUCAAACUUUACCGGUUCACCUGCUCAGACCAGUAGUCCUUCUGCCUUUGUUGGUACACCUGGCACGGGACCUGAAAGAUCACAAAGUAUUGUUAGUAGCGGAUCUGCUUCAAAUGUCGGUAAUGCAACCUUGGAUUCCAUCGCAUCUGCAGGACCGAUUGCUAGUGGAUUGAAUGGUCAAAUUACCGAACGUGUUAAUGUUGUGACAAAUGGACGAACGGUUUCCAAGAUCAUGGUCGUUGGUGAAGUGAGCAUUUCUGUUCGUGAUAUUCCUGCUUCUGCGCCUGUUCAUCUUCGCAUUGAUGAUUUUGAGCAAUUGGAAAAAGCUGCUGCUAAUCCACAAUUCCUCAAAGAGUUAUCUGGCAAACCCGGUGAAUACACUCUCGAUUUAGGAGCAAUUGCUCGCUAUAGCGGUGGCGCCGGUGGCGUUGCCGGAUCUGGUCGUGCAGCUGUGCUGAAAUAUCAAUUACACGUUCCACAACACAAGGCAGAACAAUAUGUGCCAUUGAAUAUUUCGCCUCAAUGGAGAUGUGAAGACAAUCAAACUUCGAUCUUGAUCAAUUAUUCUAGUAAUUCAGAAUCUAGACUGGUCUCUGCUGCACAACCAGUUGGAGGAGCAAAUAUUCAAGAUAUCACCAUGUCUGUCGAUAUCACUUCAUCAAAUGUGUCGAAUAUAAUGUCCAAGCCCAAUGCGACUUACUCUGCUGAUCAAAAGAAGCUAUUGUGGCGUUUGAACGAACCACUUCCGGUCAUUGGUGGAUCAUCUGCUGCUCAAAAAGCAUUAGCGCGUUUCCAAGUUGGCAACAAGAGUGAGAUCAAGCCGAUCGAGGUACGUUGGAAGAUACCUGGUUUGAGCGUUAGUUCAUUAGGCUUGUCCCUUAUGCAAUCGGACAGCGUAAGCUUUGCAAGUAUUUCUCGACAAAUCGUUUCCGGUAAAUAUGUUGCACAUCCUUGAAUUAUCACUUUCUUUCGGACCUAGUUACUUGUGCUUUAUUUUUUAUACCAAUGCUGUACUGCCAAUGCGAAAAAAAUGUCAUCUUGUUUGCCUA